GACGAACUUAGAAACGAACUUCGAAACAAAGAAGCUUCAUUUUUUAUUUCUUAGACGUCACCGACAAUCUCCAGUCAGGGCCAACACACCCCCCCCUGACCUUCUCUCUCUUACAUUAUGUACUAACUACCAGGGAAAACUGCCCAGUAUGUCGGAGAUAGCAGUAGGGCAGUCAAUUCGGCUUAGCGAUGGCCGUAAUGCAAUCGUUCGUUAUGUCGGCCAAACCCAUUUCGCCGUUGGUGAAUGGGUCGGUGUCGAGCUUGAGGAUGACCGUGGGAAAAACGAUGGAUCAGUCCAAGGCGAGCGAUAUUUCGAUUGCUCGCCUGGAAAGGGCAUGUUCGUUCGACCUACUACAGUGACCAUAUUGCAAGCUGCUCCGGCUCCGAAAGCGGCUGCUGCCCCUAUCCGUAGAGGGUCGCGAACUAGCACAGUCGCCGGACGAUCAAGCUCUGUGACGGACCCUACAAUGGGAAAGAGGAUGAGUCUAAAUGCUCCAAGUCCGAGUCCGGUACCUAGGACAUCUCGACCUUCUAGUAUAGCGAGGUCUCCUACGAAAUCCCCUACGAAACAGCUUGCGACCGCUGCGUCUAGUGUUGCGACUUCAAGAACCGGUACACCGUCGAAUGCCCGUGUCUCGUCAAUCGGAGCCAAACCACGCCCGUCAGUUGGAGCCGGCCGAACAUCUAUGGGACCACCAGCACUACCUUCCGCUGCGGGUAGAAGACAAACAUCAGUAUCAUCUACUACUGCUACAAGAACUGUAAGCGGAGCUACAAGGCCAAUUGGCGGGCGUGUUUCUACAGCGGCUGCUCGCCCUCGCCCUGCUUCUGGAAGAGUGCGAUCGGGGGAUUCCUUAUCUGGGAAUGAAGGCGGGAAUAGGUCGGAUCUAGGCUCUCCUCUUAAGAGUGAUGGAGAGCAAGCGAUUAGCCCCGUUCGCUCUAGAACUAGGGCUCUAGAGAAACUUACUGCCGGGCCAUCGGCGGCAACUUCAAAAGCAACCCCUUCAAGGGCACCUGGAAGCGCGGGUCCUAGUACUCGCCCAACUGCUGCUAAUGCCAAUGCAGUAAGUAGAGAAAAUGAGGAUCUAAAAGCAAAACUUAAAGUACUUGAACGAAAGCGAUUGGAAGACCGAGAAAAGAUAAAAGAAGUGGAAAGGCUUCAGGAGCAACGGGAUAAGUUUGAGAAUAUUAAUAAGAAAAUCGAGAGCAAGUUUCAAAUUACGGCUCAGGAAAAUGUCAGUCUACGGAAGCAAUUGAAGGAAGCGGAAGAACGCCUAGGUCAGAUCGAAAACCUCCAAGCAGAACAUGAGACUGUUAUGGAGCUCGCGACAUUGGAUCGAGAGAUGGCCGAAGAAACUGCCGAGGUUUACAAGGCUGAGCUCGAGGCCUUGAAACAGAAAGCAGAGGAACUUGAACUUGAGGUCGAGGUAUUACGCGAGGAGAAUGCUGAGUAUUCUCAGGGUAUGUCCCCAGAAGAGAGGGCAAGUGCAGGAUGGCUUCAGAUGGAGCGACACAAUGAACGACUACGUGAAGCACUCAUUAGAUUACGAGAUAUCACUCAGCAGCAAGAGGAGGAGUCGAAAGCACAAAUUAAAGCUUUGGAGAAGGACCUUGAGGAGUUUGAUGCCGUCAAGGAACAAUAUGAGAUUGCUAAGGAGAAACUGCUAGAGUCUGAAACUCGUGCAGAAGACCUCCGACAGCAACUUGAUGACAACUUGGGCGCGGAGGCAAUGAUUGAGCAGCUCAGCUAUGAGAAAUUGCAGCAAUCCGAACACAUUAACGAAUUGAAGGCUGUGAUAGAUGAUCUCGAGGCCCUCAAGGAAAUUAACGAUGAACUUGAAGUCAACCACGUCCAGAAUGAGAAGGAAAUGCAGGAAGAACUCGAUCUGAAGGACAGCGUCAUUGCGGAACAAGCAAGACGGGCUUCUGAGAAGGAUGACACUAUUGGAGACCUGGAAUAUACGCUGUCUCGAUUCCGUGAGCUUGUCACGAAUCUUCAAACUGAUCUCGAGGAUAUCCGCGCAUCUCAUGCCGUCAAUGAGGCUGAGUCUGAACAGCUUAACAGCAAGUCGAGAGCGAUGAUGGACCUCAACCAGAAACUCCAGAUCUCAGCUGCCAAGACACAAGUCAAGACCAUUGAUCUUGAAUUGCAGCGUAUGGACGCCCAAGAGGCUCAGCAACACCUCCAAAUCCUCAAAUUAUUCCUCCCCGAAAGCUACAAUGUCGACAAAGACUCCGUAUUGGCGUUGCUCCGCUUCAGUCGGUUGGCCUUCAAGGCGAACUUACUGCACGGAUUCGUCAAGGAGCGUGUCAACGGACAACCGCAUCCUGGCCACGAAGAUGAUAUGUUUGCUGGAUGCGAUGCACUGGACAAACUUACCUGGGUCUCUUCCAUGUGCGAUCGCUUCGUCAAUGCUAUUAGCCACUGCUCGCUAGAAGAGUUUGCCAAGUUUGAAGGAGCAUUAUACGAACUAGAGCCCGUCGAGAGAGCUCUCAAUGCCUGGAUUGAUGGCUUGCGACGUGACGAAUUGAAGGAGAAGCAAUGUGCUAGCGAGUUGCAACGCACCAUUGCUCUUAUGACUCACCUAGGUGAAGUCCACAUCUCGGAAGGAUUGGAAAGUUUUGCGGAUGAAAUGCAAAUGAAGACUGUCUUAAUGCAGAGCCAUUUGGAAUCCGCCGCUACUGCAUUCAACAUCGUCAAGGAUUUGGUUCAAAGAGUCAUACCUCCUAAUGGUGAUGAAGAUGAGCUUGCUCAGCACUUCACUAGGAAGUCUGAUGCUGUAAUCAGCCAGACUCGCAGUGCCAAGGUGAUUAUGAGCAAAGCGGUACGAUCUCUAGAAGAUCUCCGAGCAAGAUCAUUGGCUCUUACCCCUGAUACAGCCGAGGCAUUUGAGCAAUGCGAAGCUGCUAGCUCGGAACUUGCGGAGAUGUCUCGAAAGAUUGGUGUGGAUCUUCACGCAUUGUUGAGCGAAGAAGGCCGUGCGGAACCGUUCACGUACACCGAAGUACAAAGCACAGUUCACCACACGGUGAUGACGGCUUUCUCAUCAGCCGAAUCGGACUUAUUCUCAACAUAUCUAUCCAAACUCCGCGUCCUUACGAGCCAGAUUACCGACCUCUCAGCAGUCUGUGCCGAUCUGUCGCAGACGCAAGAGUUCGAACGCAGCCCAGCACCAUGGAUCCUCCGAGCACAGGAACUGAAGGCUCUCAAGACAAUCCCAAUUGAUGCUGAGGAAGAGCUGCGACUACUCAAGGAGCAAUACAACGAGGCUCGUCGCACCAUCGCUCUACGUGAUGAGAACAUCAGCACGAAUAAUCUCCGUAUCGAGACGCUCGAGGCGCGCAUGCGUGAUGCGAAUGCCAAGGCAUCCCGUAUUGCAGAUCUCGAGCAGCAAAUUGUGGAUGCUCAAGAGCUCGUGGCUAGCCUCAAGAAAGACAUUGAGCAACAAGACCGUGAGGCCAAGACGCUCGAGGCCGAUCGCGAUAAGUGGAAGAAGAUCGCUGGCGACAGCAGGGCAUACGGCGACGAAGCGGGAUCCAAUUCUGCCGGAGCCAAGGCUGGCCAAGAGCGCGCCGUGGCUACUGCCCGCGAGAUGGAUGCCCUCAAGGCCGAAAUUGCCAGCUUACAAGCAGCUGUUAAAUACUUACGCGAAGACAACAGACGUGCGCGUGCUACUGAACAGGCUAGGCACGAUUGGCUCGCAGAGCCGCUACAGAAACCUAUUCCUGUGGCUGAGCAGCGAAGAGCGCUUGUUGCGGCCGAGAGCAGGGAUGCAUUGGGUGAACUCCUCAGGCUCGCCACAUCCGCUAAGAUAUUUGAUCUUGGCUCUUUGCCCAAAGACAAGAUGGGUUGGCGCCCUGCAAGUGCCACGCCGCAGUACCACGCCGCUAAGCAGGCUGAAGACUACGCUGCUUGGCGGAGUUGGCAAGACUCGGUGGUUCAGAAGGCAAGAGUAGUGCUCAGUACCGAGCAUGGUGGAAAGAAACAACAGGAACAGGACCGCGCAAAGUCUAUGCGCAAAGCUGCUGCAAAAUUGCAGAUCAGGCUUCCGGAUGCGGAUGGUAAAGUAAUACCUGGUACCAGUGCAAGGGAGGUGCAGAUCGUUGGAUCUAGAGAGUGGGAAGGUUUACAGGGGAGGUUAGGAGCUGCUUCGUAAUAGUGUACUGUAUAUCUAUGAUGCAAGGGUUAUGGGGAUGAGAGCUUGGAGAAAACGAGUGAGUGAGCAGGUGCGAGAGAUACCCUUUUGUUAGAACUUGUACCAUCACAUCUAUCAUUGCGGCGUAGCAUAUGGCGUGUGGUAAAAUUUCAGGUUAUAUCAAUAAUCAUCUACUUUUCAUU